AUGUUUCCCUUCGGGCAAUUGGCCAAGAAUUUGGUCGCUGCGAUGAUUCCUUGUUUUCAAUUGACAUGGCUGCUUAUGUUCGCUGAUGUGAAGAUCAGGUGAAUGGUCCAGGGAGUCGGAGGAAAAGGAAUACAGCGAGUGUUUUGAAGUUUGGGCGCAGGGAAUUUGAUUGUUUUUGCAGUAAUCUGAGGGUUCAAUUGCUUCUUUGUGGGAGGCUGAUGCUCUUCUGUUUAGUGUUUAAUAUGGAGUUCUUUGUGUAUGAUGACAUGCACGAUUAUCCGUUGAUUAACAUGUCCUUUGUACUCCCUCCUGUGUUCUUUGGCUCUCUGACCGAUCUCCGAUUAGUCUUUACUUUGAUUUCAGAGUCGAUUCCACGUACUUUUGACUCUCUGCUUCACAGAAGCCGCUGGUUUUUCUUCGAUUUCGAUGAUCGGUUUUUUACAGCGAACGCCAGGGAAGCCGGAGUGUUCCCUUUUCUCAGGGCUCUGUCCAUUCCCGGCUCUACCGUAGGCGCCGGAACCUUUAACCUUUAG